GGGGAGGACUCGAGAAGAGAGGCUGCAGGGCUCGAGCAGGCGGGAGGCCGGGGCCCCGAAGGCCGCAGAGGGGGCGGCAGAGGCGGCGGCGGCUGCGGCGGCUGCGGCGUGGGGGGGGGGAGUAAAAUGGCAGCGACAGCGGCCGAGAAGGUGGACGGCUUUAGCAGGAAGUCUCUGCGCCGCGGUGGGCGCCACAAGCGCUCGCAGGGAUCUUCCCAGUUCCGUACCUUCUGUCUCGUCGAGCUCACGCCGUUGCCGCACCUCAAAGAUGUGGCAGCCUUGGAACAGCCGGAGCUGUUUGUGAAGAAGCUGCAGCAGUGCUGUGUCAUCUUUGACUUCAUGGACUCCGUGUCAGAUCUCAAAGGCAAGGAGAUUAAACGGGCGGCUCUCAAUGAGCUGGUGGACUACAUCACCACAGGCCGGGGCAUCCUUUCAGAGGCCGUCUACCCAGACAUGGUCCGCAUGAUUGCUGGUAAUAUAUUCAGAACUUUACCACCAAGUGACAAUCCAGAGUUUGAUCCUGAGGAAGACGAGCCCACACUGGAGGCUUCAUGGCCACAUUUGCAGAUUGUAUAUGAGAUAUUCCUCAGAUUCUUGGAAAACCAAGAAUUUCAACCAAGUAUUGCAAAAAAAUAUAUCGAUCAAAAGUUCGUAUUGCAGCUUCUGGACCUGUUUGACAGUGAGGACCCCCGUGAGCGGGAUUUCCUCAAGACGGUGCUUCACCGCAUCUAUGGGAAGUUCCUUGGGCUCAGGGCUUUUAUUAGGAAACAAAUCAACAACAUUUUUAUAAGGUUUAUUUAUGAAACUGAACAUUUCAAUGGUGUUGGAGAGCUCCUAGAAAUCUUAGGAAGCAUAAUCAAUGGAUUUGCCUUGCCACUGAAGGCUGAACACAAGCAGUUCCUCGUCAAAGUCCUUAUACCUUUGCACACAGCGAAAGGACUUUCUCUUUUUCAUGCACAGUUGGCAUACUGUGUUGUGCAAUUUUUGGAAAAAGAUGCCACAUUGACUGAACCAGUAAUACGGGGAUUGCUCAAGUAUUGGCCCAAAACAUGCAGCCAGAAGGAGGUAAUGUUCCUGGGUGAGGCCGAAGAGAUUCUUGAUGUAAUAGAACCUUCCCAGUUUGUAAAAGUCCAGGAGGCUUUGUUCAAACAAAUAGCCAAGUGUGUGGCUAGCCCUCAUUUUCAGGUUGCUGAAAGAGCCCUGUACUACUGGAACAAUGAGUACAUAAUGAGCCUCAUAGAGGAGAAUUCCAAUGUGAUCCUACCCAUCAUGUUCCCAAAUCUCUACAGGAUUUCUAAGGAGCAUUGGAACCAGACAAUUGUUGCGCUAGUUUACAACGUCCUGAAGUCCUUCAUGGAGAUGAAUAGCCAGCUGUUCGAUGAGCUGACUGCAUCUUUCAAGGCCGACCGGCAGCGUGAAAAGAAAAAGGAGAAGGACCGAGAAGACUUGUGGAAAAAGCUCGAGGAGCUUGAGCUGAGAAAUGCUCAAAACAACAAAAUACUGGCAAAAUGACAUUGUGCUUCCCCAACACAGAUCGUCGUCGAUUUGGUGAAGGUGUAACAGAAGUAUUUUAUUUGUCCCGAAAUAACCAAUGUGCUCAAUUUCAAAGUUAAACUGUACAGAGGAUGUAGUCGACUUUCAUUAGUUUCCUGUGAAUAUUAUGGAGACGAAGUGUUAUAUGACAUUGGGGAGUGAAGACAGGAGAUCAGUUCAUGGUUCACUCAUUACGGAUGUACUGCUAAGACUAAGGCCGUGACCAUUUGGUGUGAAGAAACAUCAGUAUCGUCAAUGGGCCUUAAACACCCCUGAAUGGAUGGUUCCUUAAGAGCAUCUGUAAUCGGUUGCAUAAUUCAGUAUUGGCAGCUGUUCUGUUGUGCUCGGGACACGACUGAAAGACAUUGUAUCAUUCCAUUUUUCUUCUGGCUAUGCCAGACUUUAUUAUCCUCCACCUUCUCGAGGCUGUGUCAGUAUUUAGAAUCAUACUUACAGUUGUCCAUUAACUUUAGUACUGCCUUGUAGACAGUAACUUCAGAGGUUGGGUUGGUAUCUCCAUGUAAAACAACGAUUCUAAAUUCUUGUGCACAGCUGCUAUUGCUGAUACCAGUGUUGUAACUGUACUUUGAACUGUUCAUAGUCUAACACUUGGUUUUGUACAGCGUAAAGUAAAAAAAUAAAUCCUCAUGUUUGUAAUUAGGGUGGAUUAUUUUUCAAUUUAGAAUGUUUUUCAAUUGAAGGUUCGUUUGCUUUUAAAAUUGAAUGUGUAUGAAUGGAUAUAAUACCUAAAUAUUAUAUCCUUUUUUUGCUUUGGGGAUAUAUAUUCAAGUAAACCUGUUUCAGAGCUAACAUAAUGUGUUUACUUUUGGUUUGGAUUUAUUUUGGACUGGAAGAAAAAUCAAAAGUUUUUUGAUAUAUUUAUUUAUAUUGUGCUGUACUGUAGUGUGUUAGUGGGAUGUUCCGGACUGAAGCUUUAUAUAGACUUGCAACCUGUAGGGAGGGAGAGGGAUCCUGUGCUUUAUUUUUGACAAGCAGAUUGGUAUAAACCAGCAUAUUCUAUAAAAAAAAAACCUGUGUCGUGUUAUGCUCUGUAUUUUAUUUUUUAAAAAAAAUUGUAAAAUCUUA